UUUUUAUAAAAUUAAAAUACAAAAAAGAAAAUUAAUUAUCUAAUAAAAACAAAAAUAUUAAAAAUGAGAUUUAACUUCGUUGCUUUGAUGCUUCUUAUGCUCUUUGUCUUCUCCAAUGCUCACUUAAGAAUGGCUGAAGAAACUUAAGCUUAAACUGAGACUCAACCCUAAGCAGAAGCUGAAACUUAAACUGAAGGUAAAGUUGAACCUCUUAUGUGCUAAAGACAAGGUCAAUUGUGCGGUAUUGGUUUACCCUCUUGCUGCUCUGGUUUAUGCUGCAACUACUCUUUUGGUUGCCAAAGAUGUUGA